CCCGCCCCCAGGCUCGCGGCUAGCCGCCGGGGGUCCGCAGCCGGCCCGAGGCCCCGCCCCGUGAGUCUCCCCUCCCCCGGGCCGCCAGCCUGCCCGCCCGCCCGACCCGGUGGGUGGGCGCGGGACCGCCCAUCGUGGCUGGCGGCGGUGACUCGGCGACCUUGGCCCAGCGGCCCUAGCCGGGCCCUAGCGGGCGCGGACUUUACCCAGCGCGGGGGCGGAGCGGACUGUUUGCCCGCCGACAGGCAGCAACGAUGUUGGCCUUUGCUGCCAGGACCAUGCCCAGGCAGGUGGCUGCCUCUUGCUAGGUUCUGCACGCCCACUCGGUAGCACAGUUAGGCUUAGAGAUCCAGCCCAAGGCAGACAGACAGGGCUCAGAACCUCAGUUCUGCCAUGGAGGACGGGCGGCAGGGAGAGAAGGUUAAGCCCCUGGGCUUCCUUAAGCCUACCUCCUUGACGAAGGUUUCCGGCCGCUUCAAGGCUCACCAGGAUGCACUGCCCCGGCUGCCUGUGCCCCCACUCCAGCAGACCCUGGACCAUUAUCUGAAGGCACUGCAGCCCAUCGUGAGCGAGGAGGAGUGGGCCCAAACCAGGCAGCUGGUAGAAGAGUUCCAGACUGCGGGGGGCGUUGGGGAACGCCUCCAGAAGGGGCUGGAGCGCAGGGCCAGGAAGACGGAGAACUGGCUCUCUGAGUGGUGGCUGAAGACGGCCUACCUCCAGUACCGCCAGCCUGUGGUCAUCUACUCCAGCCCUGGCCUGGUGCUGCCCAAGCAGGACUUUGUGGAUCUACAGGGUCAGCUCCGGUUUGCUGCCAAACUCAUCGAGGGUGUGUUGGAUUUCAAGGCCAUGAUUGACAAUGAGACGCUGCCCGUGGAGUACCUGGGGGGAAAGCCACUGUGCAUGAACCAGUACUAUCAGAUCCUGUCCUCCUGCCGUGUACCAGGCCCUAAGCAGGACUCAGUCAUCAACUUCAGCAAGACCAAGAAGCUGCCCACGCACAUUACCGUGGUGCACAACUACCAAUUCUUUGAGCUGGACGUGUAUCACAGUGAUGGGACACCCUUCACCUCAGAUCAGAUCUUCAUACAGCUGGAAAAGAUUUGGAAUUCAUCAUUGCAGACCAACAAGGAACCCGUGGGCAUCCUCACCUCCAACCACCGCAACUCCUGGGCCAAGGCAUACAACACGCUCAUCAAAGACAAGGUGAACCGGGAGUCGGUGCGCUCCAUCCAGAAGAGCAUCUUCACUGUGUGCCUGGACGCGCCCAUGCCACGUGUCUCCGAAGACGUGUACCGCAGCCAUGUAGCCGGCCAGAUGCUGCACGGCGGGGGCAGCAAGCUCAACAGUGGCAACCGCUGGUUCGACAAGACACUGCAGUUCAUCGUGGCAGAAGACGGCUCCUGUGGGCUCAUAUACGAGCAUGCAGCAGCAGAGGGACCCCCCAUCGUCGCUCUCCUGGACCAUGUCAUUGAGUUCACCAAGAAGCCUGAGCUUGUGAGGUCUCCCAUGGUGCCCCUGCCCAUGCCCAAGAAGCUGCGGUUCAACAUCACCCCAGAGAUCAAGAGUGACAUCGAGAAGGCCAAGCAGAACCUCAGCAUCAUGAUCCAGGACCUGGACCUCACAGUAAUGGUGUUCCACCAGUUUGGAAAGGACUUCCCCAAAUCUGAGAAGAUGAGCCCAGAUGCCUUCAUCCAGAUGGCCCUACAGCUGGCCUACUACAGGAUCUAUGGGCAAGCGUGUGCCACAUAUGAAAGCGCCUCCCUCCGCAUGUUUCACCUGGGCCGCACAGACACCAUCCGCUCAGCCUCUAUGGACUCACUCAGCUUCGUCAAGGCCAUGGAUGACUCCAAAGUGACGGAGCUCCAGAAGGUAGAGCUGCUGCGGAAGGCUGUGCAGGCACAUAGAGCCUAUACCGACCGGGCCAUCCGUGGGGAGGCCUUCGACCGGCACCUGCUGGGCCUAAAGCUGCAGGCCAUCGAGGACCUAGUGAGCAUGCCUGACAUCUUCAUGGACACCUCCUAUGCCAUUGCCAUGCACUUCAACCUCUCCACCAGCCAGGUCUCUGCCAAGACAGACUGUGUCAUGUUCUUUGGGCCCGUGGUCCCAGACGGCUAUGGCGUCUGCUAUAACCCCCUGGAAGCCCACAUCAACUUCUCCGUGUCAGCCUACAACAGCUGUGCCGAGACCAACGCCGCCCGCCUGGCGCAUUACCUGGAGAAAGCACUCCUGGACAUGCGUACCCUGCUGCAGAGCCACCCCCGGUCCAAACUCUGAGCCCUUCGUGCUCAGGCCUGCCAAUGUCAUGGCCAAGCUCACCUUGGCAUGGGCCACCCACCAGGGCUGGGCUCCUCUGCUCCCCGAUUCCUCUGGUUCUACCAGAGUUGACGGAGCCAGCAGCAGCAUCCCCUAGUAGAGACUGCAGGCCCAAACCAAGUGCCUUCCGUGGGUCACCUACUGUGGCCUGAGACCCAGGGCUGAGCUAAGAGGCUGAGCAGGAUGUGAGGCCCAGGCCCCUGGCAUAUUCCCCACUGGGGCCUCCUCCAGGGAAAGAAAGCAGCCCAGACCACCCUCUGCCAGAGCAAGAGGCUGAGGAGACAUCCCUUUCCUCACCUGCUCAGCUCUGGCCACUCCCUGCCAUCUCAGUAGCCAGGCUGGGCUCUGUACUCCAUUCCCCAAGUUCCCAGGAUCCAAAGACCAGAAUCUAUAGAGCCAAGGGGCCCCAGGCUUCCCUGAGGCAGAGAGGCCAGAGUAUGAAGUUACUGGUGAUGCCAAAGCCCAUGGCCUUGCCCUCUAUGCCACCGUGCGUCAAGGGUACCAUUCUCAUGUGGCUACAUGGCUGCUGUGCUCUUUUAGCUAAUGUGGCUCAUGAGCCCCAGCCCUCUCGCUUCAAUUCAGCUUGAUUCGUGAACCAUGUUUGUGGUUGUAUAACAUUAACAUACGAGUAAUUAAUAAAGGGAAAAUCUGUUGGUGAA